AACUUCGGUGUCUUUUUCUUUCCAAGGUCCUCUUGCUUAGUUGGAAGAUGCCCAAUGCGGAACCAAGGAUGCACAGGUGGAAAUGGCCCAUCCAGUUUACCUCACUGUACCUGGCCUGUCUGUGUUUGCUCUGCUCAGUCUCUGGGGUUUCGGCCAGCAUGUGCACAGUAACGGGUGGUGUACUGGGUAUCCACUGGAGCAGCGUCAUUGGUCUUGGCUGGCGGCCACUGGCAGUGGAUGGGGGAGGGCCUCGGUGCUGGGAAUCCUGCUGUUUGAAGCCCUCCUGUGGUGCUGUGUGGAGUCUCGGUGGAAGAUGUGUAUUACUGGCCUGUGCUCAAAAAGAGGGCUGCACCAUUACAUCACUUCCUCAGCCGGAUAGAAAAUCACUGGGGCUUCUGCAGCAGCUGAACAAGAGAAUGCGCAGGAAACCUCGAAAUGCUGAGGAUAUCAGAGUAAUCAGGGAAACGGAGCAUGAAAUAGAUCAGGGCUUGUCUGUGAAACCCACAGCACCACUGACCACAUCCAAUGGUGAAGCUCCUCCACAUACAGCCAGUGAGACCACCAUCCAGUCCACCGGUGGCAGUGGAGAACAGGUAGCACUCUCAGCAUCUGAGCAUAAUUCAACACUGGAUGCAGACACUGUGGAUCAUUCAGCAUUGAACAACAGUAAUCAGUCACCGCAGUCCACGUCUGACACCCGUUCAGUGACUCCACCAACUACACCAGCUGUAGCAGUGCGAGAGCUGGUCGUGUCUGCUGGCAAAAAUGUGGAGGUCACUUUACCGCGCAAUGAGGUGGAGCUGAAUGCUUUCGUAGUGCCAGCGCCCCCUUCAGGGGCUAACUAUGCCUUUAAUUGGCGUUUGAGGACACAUCCAAAAGACUACAGUGGAGAAAUGGAGGGUAAACACAGCAAGACACUUAAGCUCAGUAAGCUGACAGUGGGCCUCUAUGAGUUUGAAGUGGUAGUGGAUGGUGACGGUGCUCAUGGGGAGGGAUGCGUCAACGUUACUGUCAAUCCAGAGCCGCGAAUUAAUAAGCCACCUGUUGCAGUGGUUUCUCCAAAGUACCAGGAAAUCUCCCUGCCUACAAGCUCCACUGUGAUUGAUGGCAAUCGUGCGUAUCAGAUUUUUAUCAAAUUAGACUUAAUGAUUGCUAAAGUCGUGCAGUGUACUCGUGGUUUUAUUUUUGGAUGGUGUUACAGGGGCCCAGAAGGGGUGAAAAUUGAUAAUGCAGACACUGCAGUUGCUUUGGUGACCGGUCUACAGGAGGGCGAGUACAUUUUCACAUUAACAGUGACAGAUGAAAGGAUGCUGGAGAAUUCUGACACAGUCUCUGUCAUUGUCAGAGAAGAGGAUGAUCAGCCACCAGUUGCCAAAGUGCUGUCCAGUCCUCCGAUCACUCUUCCCAUCCGUACAGCAUUUCUGGACGGUUCUCGAUCAUCAGAUGAUAAGGGCAGCAUCAGCUACCUCUGGACCCGUGAAGACAGCAGCCCGGCUGCAGGGGAUGUCUUGAAUAACUCUGACCAUCAGGCAGUGCUUUUUCUUGGUAAUCUGGUGGAAGGGAAGUACAAUGUUUAUGAGCGAGACUUGGUGGAGCUGAUCCUGGAAGUUGCUGUGGCUCAGGUGUCCCGCAGACAGAAGGAUAUGCUCAUCAGACAGGUUGGCGUCCUGCUGGGUGUCCUGGACAGUGACAUCUCUGUGCGAGAGAUUAGCACCUUCAAUGAGCAUAGCACUCGCUUGGUAUUUCUGGUAUCUGGAGGUCCUGGACGACCUCCAUUGACCGGCCAUAGUGUUGCUAUGGAACUACGCAACAAAUUUCGCAAGCAAAAAAAUGAAUUCCUUAUCUUUAGGGCCCGGCGAGUGGACACCGUUAUCUGCCAGCUGAACUGCUCCAGUCACGGGGAAUGUGAUUCCUUCACCAGACGUUGUGUGUGCCACCCGUUCUGGAUGGAGAAUUUAUUCAAUACUUACUUUUGGGAUGCUGAGAGCAAUUGUGAAUGGAGUGUAUUAUAUGUGACGAUAGCAUCGUUCAUGAUCGUGGUUGCUAUCGCGACUGUAAUAUGGGGUAUCGUGUGCUGCUGUCGCAGACGGAAAAGCAAAGUAAGACGAAAGAGCCGCUAUAAAAUGCUGGAGGGGGAUGAUCAGGAGUCUCUGGAAUUGCAGUUACCAAGACCUGGUAAAAAAAAUUAUCCAUUUGAAGAUAAUUGUUAUCCUUUUAGGGAUGUCAGUUGCUGAACAAUAUUUUAUUUAAUUACAAGAAAUGUAAUUCAUUGAAAGAAAUG